UACGAGACAUCUGUGCGACAGAAACCCUAGCUGAUAAACAGCAGGAAGUAGGCAUGGCCUGUUUUUAAAUGAGCAGCCAUUCAUUGCUUACUGGCUGCCUAACGGACAACACAGAAAAACAAAUUGAGACUUCAGUGUAAACAAAAGCAGCUUCGGUUGGCACCAUGAAGAUCGCAUCUUUUAACAUCCAACGUAUGGGCCCAAGCAAGCUGUCAGACAAAAAAGUUGUGAAACAUCUCAUUAAGAUCUUCUCCCGAUACAGUAUAAUCGUUAUUCUGGAGGUGGUGGACAAAUCGGGCAAAGCUAUUGACAAAUUUCUGCAGGAGCUCAAUAAGACCACGGCUAAUAAGAAACGCCCCUUUAAAAUGGUGGGAAGCUCCAGGCUGGGACGGUCUCUUUACAAGGAGCAGUUUGUCUGUUUCUACAGAGAAGACGACGCCAAACUGGUUGACACGUACCAAUAUGAAGACAAUCAAGUGGGUGACGAAGACGCUUUCUCUCGAGAGCCUUUCAUUCUGCGUUUCCUCUGUAAAAACACAGAGCUGAAAGAUUUGGUGUUGAUCCCUGUUCACACAAAGCCCAAAGACUCACAGAAGGAACUGGAUGAACUGUACGACGUCUUUCUUGAAGUCAAAGAUAAAUGGAAGACGGAUAACGUCAUGAUCCUUGGCGACUUCAACGCGGAUGGCGCCUAUGUCAGCAAGAAGAAGAUGAAGGCCAUCAGGAUACGCACUGAUACUGAUUUCCACUGGCUGAUUGGGGACGACGUGGACACCACAGUCAAAAAGUCCAACGACCACACCUACGACAGGAUUGUGGUGUAUAAGGACGACAUGUUAAAAGCUGUUGUGCCAGGAUCUGCCAAACCUUUCAACUUCCAGGAAGCCUACAAACUUUCAGAUGAAGAGGCUCUUGACAUCAGUGAUCAUUACCCAGUGGAGGUGAGUCUGAAAUCUGCGGCAAAGACCAGUGGCGCAGCCAAAACCAAAACCAAAACCCAGAAACGCAAAGCAUGAUGGGAUGCCAGUGCACACUGUAUUGGAUCUUAACUUAAUUCUACAGAAGGAGAUAUGAUACGUCUUCAUAAGAAAAUUCAGGGAUUAAAUAUAAUUUAAAAGCAGCUAUCUUUUCAUGCUAAUUUAAUGUAAUUUAAAUAUACAUUACAAUAUAAUUCACAUGCUUCUAAAUGUUUGAAAUGACUGUGAAAUCUCCAAAUAAACUUUUCAUUUUUA